AAUAAGAACAAAGAUUCCUCAAUUUUCCAACAUCGUCGUCAUCAAUCCAUCGCAUUCCCCUGAUUUCGUUUUCCCCUUUUCAUCUAAAAUCCCCGGGACGCGCUUUGUGAGUUCUGAGUUUGUCUUCUGGCCGGAAAGUGCUUGGCUUUCACCGGCGGCUGGUCGGAAAUGGUUUUGCAGGAGAAUACCAACUGGCUCUACGAUUACGGGUUCGAAGAUAUCAGUGUUGCCGAUACGAAUUUUUCUGUUUCGGGUUCUGGGUUCAGCUGGUCCGCGCAGACCUUGAAUGGUUCGUCUUCUCUCAGUGCGGAACUCGAUGGAUCAAAGGAAACUGGCUCCAAGAAACGGUCAAGAGCUGAAUCAUGUGCUCCAUCGAGUUCCAAAGCAUGUGGGGAGAAGUUGCGAAGGGAUAGGCUAAAUGAUAGGUUCACGGAAUUGAGUGCUAUUCUUGAGCCUGGCAAGGUUCCUAAAACCGACAAAUCUGCUAUCCUAGUUGAUGCUGUACGUGUGGUGACACAGCUACGUAUCGAAGCUCAGAAGUUGAAGGCCUCGAAUUUGAAUCUACAGGAAAAGAUUAAGGAGUUGAAGGCUGAGAAGAUUGAACUUCGGGAUGAGAAGCAAAGGCUUAAGGCAGAGAAAGAGAAGCUUGAGCAACAGCUGAAGACCAUGAAUGCACAACCUGGCUUCAUGCCUCCUGCAAUACCUGCUGCAUUUGCUGCUCAAGGUCAAGUCAGUAAAUUGGUUCCCGUCAUUAGCUACCCUGGGGUUGCCACGUGGCAGUUCUUACCUCCUGCUGCUGUUGACACCUCACAGGAUCAUGUCCUUCGACCACCUGUUGCUUAAGGCGUUUCCAUAGCCGGCCUGCAAAAACUGGGCUGCCAUUUAAUCUCCCAUUUACUUCGUUGCUGACCUUUCAAUCUGUAUCUUUCUAGUACUUGAACUGGAUUUGAUGUAUGGUGGAAGAUUUACAUGAUCUUCAAACUAAUUAGUUGAUGCUGGCUUUAUUGUAAAUUUCAAUAAGUUUGCCCUACAUUGUCAUUUGCUCAA